UGACCGAUUCCUGGAAUGUUUGGCGUCUCCCUGCCCGCUUAGCAUCAUGCAUUGAAUGUGUUUGUGAGCGCUUUUGUAAUUUGUCGGAAGGCCGGUCCUCUCGUCGAAAGAGGGGGGGUCUCGAUCCAUUGGUCACGAAGAAAUACCGUGUUUGUCUUGACCAACGCAGGAACAAAACAAGCCACCGUGACAUAACACAAGUCAAAUAUGUGACGCAAAAGGACUCUGCUUUAGAUUUGUGGAGAAACAUCAAGUGAUACCUCAGGUGAACCCUAAAUAUUCUAAAAUCAAAGCCAUCGAAUCUCCUCGAACAACGCUUUUCUGAGUCUAAUCGUAGGAAAAUGAAUAUCCGACAGCAGGCUUGGACUAGUUAAUAAUUAUUUUCCAUAAACACUCUUGGUGAAUCUAAAAACAACUAACCAACAUAGCACUUAAAUGUGAUGCAACACCAAAUAUUUCUUUCAAACUGAUUUUUGCAUGACAACCAAGUUUUCUCCAGCAUGUGUACAAUCUGUGAAAGCGAUAAAGUUUUUUCCUUUUUUUUCCCCUUCGAGCACUCCCUCCCUCCCUCCCUCCCUCCACUGUGAACCACAAUCCCUCAUGGAGUCACUUGUCUGCCUGUGUCAUGGAAAAGGAGUAUUUCUUUUUUUGCUGGCUGAUACUUAGUGAUUCCUUUUCCAUCUUUGGUCGGGCUCGAAGCCUCUUAAGAAGCUUAUAUUCCAAAUCGUUCGACUCAGGUGUAUUCGCUACCAAGAAAUGUUUACACAGUAAAUAAAAGGUGUUUGUUUUCCUAACCCACUUUCUGGGCAGCUGCAAAUAUUUUCAUUCAGAUUGGGAUGACGCUAAAGAAUUGAAGAGAAAUUAUAUGUAGAAUUGCAGAGGUAAAAAUGAUUCUCCUCCAUCGUGGAACCAAGCUGUAACAUAUCAAAGUGUGGAAAAAGUGAAGCACUGCAAACACGCAUACGGCAUUGGGGGCCAAAAGGCUAUUUUUACUCCGAUUACAAUGGGGUGGGUGCGCUUAUGAAGAGCAGAUGAGAUUCUUUGUUGCUGGCAUGAUGGUGAUGAAAGGUUGAAAGAGGAUCCGUGAAGAAUGAACGGUAUGGCACCGCGCCCCGCGCUCUCCCUUCUGUUGACUCGCCGUAUAUCCCGAAGCAACGGUAUGGCACUGACGCUCGUGUUACCGGCUCCCCCCCCACACCGUCCUGGAGAAAAUGCCCCAUCUGGUCACAUAAGGCCGGCCAUGGCUCCGGACGAACAGCUGGCUUUGUGGGCAAAGCGCUUCUCCACUGUGAGAAUGUUCCGAGUGGGAAGGCACGUUCAGCACGCCCCUCCCUGCCUGCUCUCCAUUCUCUUUUUACACAGAAGCAAAGGCAGCUUCUGUUAUGGCGGGCGGAGGCCGCAUGCACAUUGACAGCCCGGAACACACACGCACGACACACUCUCAGGGUGCCUCAGCACUGAGGGCAAACUGGGCUCUGCCGCUUCUAUCGGCAAGGAGGAGAAAGGACAUCUUGAGACACCUCUGACAAAACCAUGGAAAGACAUCACGGGAAUACGCAAGCAAGCAAAGCUUCCGAAAGUGGCAAACUUCCAUACUCGGUGGAAACGCCGUACGGUUUCCGUCUGGACUUGGACUUCCUUAAGUAUGUCGAUGACAUUGAGAAAGGGAGAACCAUUAAAAGAAUUUCUAUCCAGCGCCACAGUAAAGGCUCUCGGGCAAGCACUCUUCCUCGCCACUCUAAUCCUUCCGGCUACGGUUACCGACCGAGCCUCUGGGGAUCCACCGGAGCGCUGGCUCCCAGGUCUCGGCUGUCCGACGACCACCGUCGCGGCUCCGCUGCCCGGUCGCACGACUACAGGUCGCCUCUUUGGCCACGAGGCCGAGCGGGCCGAUCGGAUCUCGAGGCCGAGAUCCGUGAGUUUGACGAGCAACCCUUGGGCGAGCACAUCCGACCGCAUCUCCUCCGGGCCUCCAGCCUGCCCCUGACGGUGCUUUUGAGACAAGGAUUGGAGGCGACAGAGGGGGCCCAAAGGGGCCAUCUUGGAGACAGAAACAAAUCUUGUGAAGACAUCUUUGACUCUCAGGAGAGCCUUCCCACCCAGGAUGGCUUCAUUCUGUCAAGGCGCCUACGAGAUGCCUUGGAACAUGUCGAGAAGCUGGAGAGGGAGGUACGAGUCAUUCCAGACCUCAGAGCGCAGAUCUGUCAGCUGCAGGAGGAGAAAGAAACGUUGCGCUCGCAGAUUCGCACGGGGUCUCUCGACGGGAGCCGUCAGAACGACAAAAGCCUCGCACCGUACGAACGACGGAGUCGUCACGAUGGAACGCGCGAGUGGAAGAUGAGCACUGAUCUGGAUGAGCUGCUGACGGUGACGUCGCUCCAAGCUAAGGUGGCCGUGCUGGAACAGAAACUGUACGAGAGCGAGCUGGAGCUUCGGAGGGUCGCGGGGCGGCGGCGGCAGACGGAGAGCAAAAGUCCAAACGGACAGAUCGCAAAUGCCGGGGUGCGGGUGCACGCCGAGAGGGUGCCGGUCGACCAGGAGGAGCAAAUCGCGGCCCGAUCCAUAAACGGACACCUCGGGGAUGAUGUGGAAUCCCCAAUGGAGGUUUCCGCCGCGACCCCAGACACCUCCGGGGUCCUUCGGCACAUUACGAAGAUAAAGCGACUCCUGGAUCAGCAUUGGGAGUGUUGCAGUGCAGCAGAGGAAGCCAAAAGCCCAGAGGUUCUCUCGCUGCAGCAGGAGAUGAGGGGACUCGUCCACAUCUUGAGCUCACACUCCACUCAGCCUGGACACGACAAUGGACAAACAUUGGCUGCAACCAAAGUGGAAGCAGAGCAGGAAAAGACAGGAACGGGGGAAGAGAGGCAAGCGAUAUGGUCCGCAACCGGAUCUGGAUGGCCAGAUGGAGAGGCGGCGGCAUCUGCCAAGAUGAAGCGUCAGCCCCCGGGAAAACAGAUGGAGGACGACACCGGAGGCAGUGAGAAGGUGAAUGUGGACUUUAUGUCAGCGUGUCGCUUCCUCAACCAGCACAUGGACAACAUUGAGAAUCCAACCAAUGAGACGAGGAGGGCCCUUGUGGUGCUUUUCCAGGACUGGUUCAGUACAGCAGCAGAGGAGAAUUCAGUGUCCAGUAAAGUGGCUUUGUAUUUGAGGGAGGUCCAAAAGGCCACACCGUCACUUUUGGCCUUCCUCAUCAACCUGGCAGAUGAUCACGGCAACACGGUCCUCCAUUACAGUGUUUCCCACUGCAAUUACAGCAUCGCCGCUCUGUUGCUGGACACAGGAGUAAGCGACGUUAACUUCCAGAACAAAGCGGGUUACACAGCAGCGAUGCUGGCCUCCCUCACAGCACCGGACAAGCCCGGCGAUAUGGAGGUGGUCCGCAGGCUGAUGGAGAUAGGCAACGUCAAUACCCGCUCCGGCCAGACAGGCCAGACGGCUUUGCACUUAGCUGUGCGUCACGGCCGAGCGGUGAUGGUUGACCUGCUGCUGAGCUGCGGCGCAGACGCAAACGUCCAGGACGCUCAGGGAACCACAGCGCUCAUGUUUGCGUCUGAGAGGGGCUACACGCACGUGGCACGACUGCUGCUGGAGAGGUCCCGCUGCGAUAUGACCUUGACCGAUCAGAGCGGGCGGACUGCUCUGGCCAUCGCCGCGCUCGGCUCCCACAGUGACACGGCGGCGCUUCUGCAAGCCAAGACUCCAGCUCUUUCGUGAUGUCUGUUUGAUUGACAGACCGAGGCACGACCUUUCAAAUUGACCUGCUUGCAUAAGAAAGUUGCCAGCCAGCAUUUGGUCAACUAUAGCAUCUUAAAGGUGGUGAGUUUUUUUUGUUUUUUUUCCUCUCAUUCUUGUUGUUGCUGAUCAAUAUAUUUUUUUUAAAUGCUGAGUCAUUUUUAAUUAAGCUCUUCUGAAAGUAAAUGUUGCAUCUGCGAAGGUAUUCACAGCAACGUGACGUAUUCAGCGCUUCGCAUCAAUGCGGCGGUAAAGCUGUCACAUUUUCAAGUGAGCUCAUUCGUCAGCCUUAUUGCUGCAUGGAUAAAUCUGACCAGCAGAUGACGCAUUAUUUCCAGCUCAGAUACCAAUGCAGUUUGCACUGAAGAAAAAAAAUAAAAAAAGAGAAUUUUUCUGGUCAGAUUUUAUGUACAGACAUUUUAUAUAUAUAUGUAUAUACAGACAUAUUCGAAAGUGAUACAGAAAAUCAACAAGUGGAACCUUUUGGUUUGAAUAAAGUUUGUCUUUGCAAA